AUGCCGCCAUCUGGGCUCAUCCUGGGUGGGGCAUCAUUAGGAAAUAUUGACCCUCAUCGUGCAUCCUUCAGACGUCCAACACGCAAAACAACGAAGAAUGACACGAAGCACUCGCCGCCGCCGCUGCAGUGCAUCGGCCCCGGUUUAGCCAAUAUCCAUAGUCUGGCAAUCUUGUCUAGCUUCACGUGUCUUUUGCCUUUUAUAAUUUGUCUUUACAAUGAGCAGAGGCAAUUUAAGACAUCCGAAACCAAGAUGCUCAAGGGAGUGAUGAACUUCUUCGUCCUGCUCCGAAAACUAUCACUUCUUCUCUUUUGGUCCAUAUAUUCGUGA